UCUGACUUGAUAUUUGGACGCCCUGUCUGAUCCCACAGAGCUCCACCAGCGCUUGGUGUCUCACCAUCCCGUCGUUUUGGAUAUCUGAUCCGAUACCUGGCAACCUCCAUCCCCUGCAGAGACAAUGUACUGCCUCCAGUGGUUACUUCCGGUCCUCCUGAUCCCCAAACCGUUGAACCCAGCCCUGUGGUUCAACCACUCGAUGUUCAUGGGCUUCUACUUGCUCAGCUUCCUUCUGGAGAGGAAGCCGUGUACCAUUUGUGCCUUAGUGUUCCUGGCGGCGCUGUUUCUCAUCUGCUACAGCUGCUGGGGGAACUGCUUUCUGUACCACUGCCAUGAUUCUCCACUGCCAGACUCAGCACACGACCCCAACAUUGUGGGCACCUAGACUCAGUUGCCAGAUCCUCCAAAAAAAAAAAAACCCUACCUGAUGAUUCUCACGCAUACCCUGGACAAUCUCUGUCUAGACUGUGAAUAAGCAAAAAUCCCACCAGAAAUGGUGGGAAAACGUACCCAGCUGCAGUCCUGCUAUAAUUUAUCACAAAUUGCCCUUUCACUCUGACCUUAUUCUCCAUUCUGCGGGUCAAAGGUGUCCUCACUUCGGGUUAUGGGAUCUGAAACUUGCAUGGGUUGCUUCUAGGGUUGCUCUCUGUUGUGUUCAUCCUGCACAACCUUAAUUUUAAUUUUCUGGAUGCUGAAAGAUUCCAAAGGGUAGAUGAUAAUGUGUGAGCGUCUGUACGAGUUUGUAUCGAUGGAACUCCUGUUUCUGUUCAUGUGUUGACGAUCAGUAUGAUUCUAGAGCUCUGAGGUGUUUUCGUUGAUGGUGAAUGUCCACAUUGAGCGCACUGGAGGUCGAGUGGGUGUGAGUUACCUGGCUCAAUUUGUUCCAAUGCUGUUGCAACUUUUAAUUCAAUAAAGUUCACACUGAGCAAAAUCACGUUACACAGUAAAAUCAA